AUGACGAGGGCUGGCGGCUGGGCCGGCUGGGCUGCGGGCUCCGGUGGCUCCGGCGGCUCCGGCGGCUCCGGCCUCGGGGCGGCGCCUCGGGCCUGGGGGGCAGGCACCGGGGGCCCUGUCACCGGCCGCGGCUUCCGAGGUGUGCUCGUCGGCACAGAGGGUGCGAAGCGGCCGGCCGGGGCGGGACCGGGCCGGGGCGGGAACGGGCCGGGGCGCACACCUCCACCGCCGCCGCACGACCGAUUUGUUGUCAUCCGCGGGCGCGCUCCCGGGGCUGGGACGCUCCCGGCGCGCUCGCGAGACCCCGGCUCGGCGCGCGCGGCCGUCGCCGGAGGAAGUGACGCCACGCUGGGGCCGACGGAGGUGGGCGGAGGCCGAGAGGAGCACUUCCGGCGCCGGGGGCGGGGCGGGGCGGGGCGGGAUGGAUGGAGGCGGCGCCGCGGGCCGGCUGCAGGCGCCUCGGAGGGACGCGCAGGUGAGCGCCGCCGGCUCUGCUUCGAGCCGCAGGCACAGGGGCUCCGGGCGGGCCGGGAGGGGGCGACGGGAGGGCCGGGGCGGGCGACAGGAGGGCCGGCGGGGGGCGACGGGCGGGCCGGGGGAGGCGACGGGCGGGCCGGCGGGGGGGCUCGAGGGCGGGCCGGGGGGGGCGACGGGCGGGCCGGCGGGGGGCUCGAGGGCGGGCGGGGGGAGGCGACGGGCGGGCCGGGAGGGGGCUCGAGGGCGGGCCGGGGGGGCGACGGGCGGGCCGGCGGGGGGCUCGAGGGCGGGCGGGGGGAGGUGACGGGCGGGCCGGGAGGGGGCUCGAGGGCGGGCCGGGGGGGCGACGGGCGGGCCGGCAGGGGGCUACAGGCGGCUGGGGCUCCGAGCCCGGCGGAGGGGUCUGGGGGCGGGUCCGGCCUGCGCGGCCCGGGUGACCCCGGACUCCGACCCCGGACACUGACGCUCCGGGCGCCGCCGGCCCCACGGCGGGGAGGCGGGAGCCCCUCUGGAGCGCCGCAGGCCGGCCCCGAACGUUGCCCCGUGCGCAUCGUAAGCAAGCUCUCGGUCCUCCGCCUCGUUCAGCAUUUGUUUCUGUUACUGUUUGUCUAG